CCGUGCCGUGCCGUGCCGUGCCGUGCCGUGCCGUGCCGUGCCGUGCCAGGCCGGCGGGUACCACGGGCGCCUGUGUGGAGGAGCGGGCUCAGGGCAGGGCAGGGCGCGCGGCGUGGGCGGCCUGUGGCGACGAGGCUGGGCGCAGGUCUCGGCUGCCCUCCUCCGGCCCUGGUGCCGGGCAGCCCGUCACGAAAGGAGGCCAGAAUCGUGAACCGGUGUGAGGAGGCAGAGCUGAAAACCAGAGGAAGGGAGCUGUUGGAAGGAACAUGGAGGAGUGAGCUCCCUGCAGGUUCUUGAGUUUCUCAUCUAUCAGAUUUUGACAUGAUCAGAUGUUUGGAGGAAGAUGUGCGAGCCAGGCUACGUUCUGGAGUCACUAUCAACUCCUUGGGGCAGUGUGUUGAGGAGCUUAUCCUCAACAGCAUUGAUGCCAAAGCAACAUGUGUAGCUAUCAGGGUGGAUUUGGAAGCUUUUAAGAUCCAGGUGGUGGACAACGGCUCCGGGAUGGGGAGAGAGGACUUAAAUGCGAUGGGAAAGCGGUACUUCACCAGCAAGUGCAGCUCAGUGGGAGAUUUGGAGAACCCGAUGUUCUAUGGCUUUCGAGGAGAGGCUGUGGCAAGCAUAGCCAACUUGGCCAGUGUAGUGGAAGUUUCAUCUAAGAUCAACAGGACAGCAAAGACAUUUGUGAAACUGUUUCACAAUGGGCAAGCGCUGGAAGUCUGUGAAGCUGAGCUGAACAGACCAAGUGGUGGAACUACAGUGACCGUGUGUAAUCUGUUCCAUCAGUUACCGGUGAGGAGGAAGUGUAUGGAUCCUGUGUUGGAAUUCGAGAGGGUGAGACAGAAAGUAGAGGCUGUUUCGCUGAUGCAUCCCUCCAUUUCACUUUCUUUAAGGAACAAUGCUUCUUGUUCCAUGGUGCUUCAGCUCCCCAAGACAAGAGAUGUACACUCCCGGUUUUGUCAAAUUUACGGACUGGGCAGGUCGCAGAAGUUACGAGAAAUAAAUCAUAAGUCUGGGGGAUUUGAGCUAAGUGGUUAUAUCAGUAUUGAAGGACAUUACAACAAGAAUAUGCAGUUCUUGUACGUGAAUAGAAGGCUUGUUUUAAAGACGAGAAUACAUAAACUAAUUGAUUUUUUGUUAAGAAAAGAAAGUGUCAUUUGCAAGGCAAAAAGUGGGCCUGCGAGCAGACAGGCCAGUUCAAGUCCUGGUCGUCAUCGCUGUGGCCCAGAGUCAUAUGGGAUCUUUGUUCUCAACGUGAUCUGUGCGUACAGUGACUAUGAUGUGUGUCUGGAACCUGCAAAAACUCUAAUUGAGUUCCAGAACUGGGAUGUUGUUCUAGCUUGCGUAGAGGAAGGAGUGAAAACAUUUCUAAAACGUGAACAUUUAUUUAUUGAACCGUGUAAUGAGGAUGUCAGAGAAUGUCAUGAAGAUAAUGACUUUUGUUUGUAUAAUGCUCCAGUUCUGAAGCCCUCAGUCCCUGAUGAGAAGAGUAUCCAAGACAACUUCAAGAAAGCAUGUGAUGUAAUUGCAGAUUCCUAUGAAAUGUGUAACUUGCAAUCAAAAGACGUCAAAAGGAAAUCCAGUACUGGGCAAAAACCUUCAAGUCUUACAGAGUCAAGUAGUAAUUUACAGGAAACCAAAACUGCCACAAGUGAGAAGAAUGCUGAACCAUCAGGUCCAUGGAGAAACACUAAAGCAGAGAUUCCACUGCUCAGCAAAGAUGACACAGCUUCUGAUUUCAUUGUAUCAAAUAUCUCGGAGCAGGAGCCAAAAGGCACUAACAAUUCCCCAAAAGCAUCCAAUAAUCAUCUGAAACCUUCCGAAAAUCUUGAUUCUUCUUUCAGUAGGGUGACCAGAUCAGAAAUAAGGAAAACAGACAGUUGUAGUGACUUGCAGCAUUGUGCAGAGAACAACAGAAAAGACAUGGGAAGCAGGCAAGAUAAAGUGGUGCAGAAAAGCAGUACAGCCCGUACCUUAGAUAAUGUUAUUCAGUUGCCAUGUGAGAGAGAAGACCCUACUGAAACAGCAGUAGAACCCAAUACUGUCUCUGGAAUUUCAUUGAUGAGACUGUGUAAUGCAAGAAGAGAGAGAGAAACAGCUGAGGUGACAGAUGAUGCUGGAAGAAGGGCUGAUAGUUCAAUACCAUUAAAAUUGUGCUCUGCAAGCCUCACAGCAUGCGUUAGGCAAAGUGAGCCCCCACAUGAGUGUGAGCAAACAGAAACAAGUCUUGCAUUAAACACAAAGUGUAGAGCUGGCCCUGCCAGUGCCAAGGAUGCUUUUGGCCAGAAAGUAAAUUUUCCAAUUCAGCCUUUAAAUGCUACAGCUAUUUCCAGUACUACAAAUAAAGAAUAUACACCUCACACUGGAGAAAUAUCCGUGGCUGAUGGUAGUGAGAGGUUAGAGAACAAAACUUUGUCAAAUCAGCUGAAUGAGAAGAUAGCUGUGCCGAUUGCCACCAGUAAAAGACAGUAUGAGACAUUGAAAGUUACAGGAUUGCCGCUGGCAACUUCUUCAGGUAUUCCUCACAAUAAAGUUAUAAAAAGCACUAGAAGACAAAUAGCUUUGCCAAGACCUCAGCCCUCUAAGAAGCUGAGCUUGUCCACACAGAUGGGUUCCUUAGAAAAGUUCAAGAGAUACUAUGGGAGAGUCAAGUACACACUAGCGACACCGUUGUCAGAGCUGAGUGAAUGUCAUCUAACUGCUUUUAAUUCACAGGCUAAGUGUGACUUUUCGAAGAAUAAGAAUGAAAAUCACAGUAACUUGAGCACUUGUGAAAUUCCAACUAUGAAAGAAACAAUUUCUAAUAAUAGUAGACAGAUUUCUGCUUCUUUGGAAGGGACUUCAUGCUGUGGUGGAGAAACUUCACAGGACAAAGGAGCCCUUUGUCAGAGUCCUUUGUCACUGUCUGAUUACUCUCAGAUUAGUAAAAAAAAUAUGAGCUGUAAAAUGUCUCCAGGAUCAUUAUCAUCCAAACUGUCCAGGAAGAAAAGUGACCACGAAGUAGAACAACCUGAUGAACAAUUCCAAACAGCUUCAAGUGGAAAAGAUGACCACUUCUUUGAUCUUGAAUCUUCAAAUAAAGAUUUCUUGGAUAAUGUUUGUCAGAAUUCCAAAUCCUCAGUGGGAACCCUGGGGGAGUGUAAUUACAAUGUUUCUAAGGAGGAUACAUGCUGGCAAUCAAGUGGUAGGAGAGCGGAGUCCAUGAGAGGUCCUGUCAGCCCAUCACCACUCAGCAGCAUAGAAGGGAAGUACGCAGUCCCUUCAAGCAGUGUUUUAUCAUUACCUGCUGUAAAGGACUGUACUGACAUCAGCUGUAAAGAUAAGAGUACAAUCCUCAGAGAUCAAUCCUCAGAACAAAGUUUGAAAGAUACUGAGAGUCCCCAUAUGACUUUCCCAAGGAACUCUGAAUUUGCUGCAGACAACACGGGCACAGGUGAUACCAGGAACAAUUGGCAGAGUUCUGACUGGCUGCAAGAUUUUGAUGUUUCAUCGGGUAAGACAAUAUACAUCAAUAAAGCAACUGGACUGAGCACCUACAGCACUCCCCCUACUGAAAGAUUUCAAGCUCCCUGCGUCCAAGAUACAACAACAAUGGCUGUGAAUGUUGUCUUGGAGAAUGGUGAUGCAGGGGAGUCUCUCCAGUCGUUGCUUUCAGAAUGGGAUAAUCCUGUUUUUGUUCCCUGUCCAGAGAUUGCUGUUGAUGUGACCAGCGGUCAGGCUGACAAUCUGGCUGUGAAAAUUCACAAUAUCUUAUAUCCUUACCGUUUCACCAAAGACAUGGUUCAUUCAAUGCAGGUUCUUCAGCAAGUGGACAAUAAGUUUAUCGCUUGUUUAAUCAACACUAGGAAUGAAAUGGAUAAAAAGGAAGGUACAUCUUUAAAUGGAAACCUCUUGAUUUUGGUGGACCAACAUGCAGCUCAUGAACGGAUCCGCUUGGAGCAGCUUAUUGCAGAUUCCUAUGAGAAGGAAGCUGCGGCAUGUGGCAAGAAGAAGUUGCUGUCGUCCUCUGUCUCUCCCCCUUUGGAGAUUGAAGUUACAGAAGAACAAAGAAGAUUGCUACGAUGCUGCUACAAAAAUUUGGAGGACUUGGGUCUUGAAUUGUCAUUUCCUGAGACCAACAAUUCCUUGAUUCUAGUGAGGAAAGUGCCGCAGUGUUUUGUAGAAAGAGAAGCCAAUGAAUUACGACGGAAAAGACAACCUGUCACUAAGAGCAUUGUGGAGGAGCUUAUUCAAGAACAAGUUGAGCUAGUGCAGACCACAGGAGGAGGAGCACGAGGAACGCUGCCUCUGACAUUUCUGAAGGUGUUAGCUUCCCAGGCCUGCCAUGGAGCUAUUAAGUUUAAUGAGCAUUUGACUUUGGAGGACAGCUACAGGUUAAUUGAAGCUUUGUCAUCUUGCCAGCUUCCCUUCCAGUGUGCUCAUGGAAGACCCUCCAUGAUGCCUCUUGCAGACAUAGACCAUCUACAGCAAGAAAAGCAGCCUAAACCGAAUUUGGUGAGACUGCGGAAGAUGGCACGAGCAUGGCACCUCUUUGGGAAAAAAAGACCCUGAUCAAAACAAGUUCAGACUGUAAGCUGCAGCCACUGGAAGUGUUGGUAUGAUCCAGAUCUUCCUGAUGUUAAGACACCUGUUCCCUGUGUGGAGCCAAUUUUCAGAGCCAGUGAGGUCACUGAAGUUCUGCAGUGAGUAGUAGUGACCCACGCAGCACAAAGCAGCCAGGAGAACGUGGCAGGAGGAGCCUCCCCUUGGACCCUGGGGAAGUGUCUUCAACGUCAAGGAAUUACACUGUAAGCCCAGGCCGUGUGUCAGCACCUGACUAUGGGAGGCUCUGCAAGCACAGCAUGAUUCUGUGUAAGGGAGAAGAGACUUUUAAUUAAUGUGUUUUACAGUACUUUGAAAAUGAGCUAUUUAUUAAUAAAAUUAACACUGAAGUCUU